CCCUAAAUAGUAAUUUUCUUCCUUCUCUCUCUCUUGUUCUUUCUGAUUCAUAAGAGGAAAACAAAACAAAAUGGCAGCAUACAGAGAACCCAUGGACGUGAACGAAAGGGCCCCUUUCUCUUCACAACCACCACACUCGCCAUGGCAUUCCCCGGUUCCGUACUUGUUCGGUGGGUUAGCAGCCAUGUUGGGUCUCAUAGCUUUUGCUCUCUUGAUCCUUGCGUGCUCCUACUGGAAGCUUUCUGGGUACCUCGAAGGAAACGGCGAAUCAGAGCGAGACCUCGAGGCUGGCGAAGGCAAAACCGACCAAAACCAGAAACCACAGAGACAGUACGAGGAGAAGAUCUUGGUGAUUAUGGCUGGACAAGAGAAGCCAACAUUCUUAGCAACACCCAGCAUGUCGUCAGGCACUAGCGCCAGCACUAGCAGGUCCUCUUCCUUCGGCGAAAACACCAGCACUUGUACCUGCGACCAGACCGAAAAAUCGGUGGAAAUGGCUGAGACCAUGAAACAGGGAAGCGGCGGCAACGAUCAGGUGCGGAGCGAGAACAGGGAAAACCCUGACACCUCAGCAGAUCAGAACUGUUAAGCAUCUGCGUCGGCACAUGUUUCGGAUUUUUGUUUUCUAGCUAGCUGGGUUGGUUUCAUGAAAAAUCAAAGCUCGUGACGCUGGUCGUUUUUGGACAUUUGAUUUAGGUGUCUCUAAAUGCUAUCCCCUUUGCAUGUUCAAGGAUUGGUCGUGUGGGGAUUGAUUUACAGAUUUAGAUUAUUCUCCUAUUUAUUUUUUUUGUUUUUUUUUCAUGUGUACAUUAGUUCGGGAAUGUAAAUUCGUUGAGGUGGAAUGGAAGGUUUCCUGUUUCACAAUUUUGGUCUUUUCUUCUGGUUUUCAUCCAUUGAGAUAAGAUUUGUAAAUGGAAAUUUUCACUUACAGGAGGGCUAGUUUUGGCAAAUAUCUGGAAUAAAAAGCGAAUAGAGAAAAAAAUUAAAAAGGUAAGACUGAGUGAUUUAAGAAAAGAAAUUGACCCUUUCUAUGCUUUUCUCUGAUUUGAUUGCAAGACAUGGAGAGCUGCCAUUGAAUUGAAGUGUCGUGUUAAGGAGAAGGUACGUGUAAAGCUAUAUGCUAGCAAGGGGAAGAGAAUUGUAUUAUGUGACUGAUGCGGCGAGAAGAAACAGUGAAGUGCAGUAGCCGCACUAUUUCCCUUGGCACUUUCCAAAAUAAUUUGCUUUGAGUUUAGUUCCUUUCAUUUUUUAUU